CAGAAGUGAACAAAAAAGCUGACUGCUCUUUCAUGAAUUUUCUGUUGAAUUUUAGUCAUUAUUUCCAUUACGGGACGAAAUCAAUCAAUCUGAUACUUGUCAAUAAUAUUGUUACACUUCAUCAGUGAUUGCCAUAAACUGAAGAAGAUGUUCUUUCUGUCAAGUAUACACUCCGAGUUGGUGGCACUGAGAUGGAUUCUCAUCUCAUCACUGACUUUAUUCCACACAACACAAGGGUUAGAGAAUGGGUUUUCAUUGAUGGCAACAAAGACUACAUAUGAGAAUGUUCUGAGGGAAAAUUUCCCGACAGGGGACACCUUGAAAGGCUCUUAUCAUGGGGAGCCAUGGAAAAAACUGUGUCAUCCAAUCCACUAUAGUUUGACAGCUCGGCACGGGAAUCGCUAUCCAAGUAAAUCGAACUUUCGAGUGAUGCAGCAGUUUGUGGAUGAAAUUCGGGACAAAGUGAAUGAGAAAUAUGACUUCAUACGGAAAUGGGAGUUGCCUUACUCGCUUGAUCAGGUUAAGCUGUUGACUCGUACGGGUUGGACAGAUAUGGAAGAGAUGGGGAAGAGGAUGGGAUGGCGCUGGCAUUUAAUAUAUCACGAGGAGAUGGAGGACAGGAAAGACGAAGACGAUUACGACGAACACAAACGCUACAAUCUUGAUGUGAAAUUCGUCAGCAGUGAUAUACAGCGAUCUCUAGAAAGCGCGAGAGCAUUUAUCAAGGGCUUCAAAACUGCUCUGCAUAGACCAAAAGAUGAGAAGAUACCAAUUACUACAGAUAAUAGACUGAUGAGAUAUUUUGACGAGUGCGAACGCUAUGUGCACAUGGUGGAUCAGAAUAAGACGGCACUUUAUGAGUAUUACAAGUAUACGAGCGGACCUGAGAUGGCGGCCAUUGCUGAGAAGCUGAAGAAGAAGCUUGGUCUGGAGAAGUACGAAACCAUGCUUGACGAAGAGACAAAGAAUAUUGUGUGGCACAUCUUUGUGACGUGCGGUGCAGAAACCACCCUGAAUGGUGAGAAGUCCAAAUGGUGUGAUCUCUUGGAUGAUGAUGAUGGCCUCAUCCUAGAAUAUAGAUCUGACAUCAAGCAUUACUGGAAGAAUGCCUAUGGGUAUCCAAUCAACUCUUUCCAAAGCUGUCUACUGAGCAAGGACAUUUUCUACCACUUAGACUUGGCAGUUAUUGGGAGAAGUAUGAAGAGAGAGUAUCAUCGCGGCGUAUUCAGAUUUGGCCACGCAGAAACCUUGUACCCACUGUAUGCUGCCAUGGGUCUCUUCAAUGUCUCUGACCCUAUCAAGGCACAUAACUUUGACCAAAUGAAGAACAGAGCAUUCCGUGGAAGCAGGAUUAACCCCUUUUCUGCCAAUAUUGCAUUUGUUUUAUACGACUGUGAUAAUUCACGCGAUGCAAUGGAUCUUCAUAGAUUCACAGAUAAAGAUCUCCAAAGUCUGCCUGAACAUUUUGAAAAGUUUAUGAUCCAGGUUUUGCUGAAUGAAAAACCAGUUACUUUACCUGUUUGUGAACAUGAACUUUGUCCAUAUUCUUUGGUGAAAAGACAUUAUCGCCAUCUGGUUGAUUUGUGCAAUUUUGAAGAAAUGUGUCGUAUGCCAAAGCCUCCCAAAGAAAAUGAAAACAUUUUCAAAGAUGAGCUUUGAGGUUAUUAUGCUAUAACUGCCACAUAUCAAGGGUGUACCAAAUCCUAUGUUAAU